ACCUUCGGCAAUCCAUUCAAGCCAGCAAGUUUGGAGAGCGUGUUGAGUUUAAUCAAUUCAUAACGUCGAGAUGGAGCCGAACUCACUGAAGUGGGUGGGCUCGUCUUGCGGUUUACAUGGACCAUAUAUAUUCUAUAAAGCCUUUAAAUUUACCCGGGAUGGCAAACCGAGAAUCCUGUCUCUCGGAGACUUUUUCUUCGUCAGAUGUAAACCGGAGGAUCCUAUUUGCAUAGCGGAGCUUCAGCUGCUCUGGGAAGAAAGAACAAGCAAGCAACUUUUAUCAAGCUCCAAACUUUAUUUUCUACCAGAGGAUACUCCCCAGGGACGCACAGUCACUCAUGGAGAGCACGAGGUGAUCGCGGUGUCGGAGAAGGUGAUUGUGCGGCUGGACGACUUGGUGAAGUGGACGGUACCGGAUUUCUCAGGAUGGGCCAACGGUCUGAAGGCCGAGCCCCUGAAGCCCUCGGUGCUCCGCGAGCUGGGGACCAACGGGAGGCGCGAGGCCCUCCACCGGUACAGGGAGAGCACCCUGACCAGCGGACUCAACUUCAAGGAUGUCCAGCGGGAGCGCGCACAGCUAGGCCAAGAGGAGGACGGCCGGAAGGUCCUGGUCCUCAGUUACCCCCAGUACUGCCGCUACCGCUCGGUGCUGGUGCGGCUGCGCGAGCAGCCGUCCUCCCUGCUCAUCGACCACACGGUGCUGGCGCUGGGCGGCAUCGCGGCGCUGGGCGCCGGCACCAGGAUCCUGUACUGCCGCGACACCUUCGAGCACCCCACCCUGCUGCAGAACGAGAGCAUCUGCGACGAGUUCGCUCCCAACCUGAAGGGGCGACCUCGAAAGAAGAAGCUGUCCAUCUCUCAGAGGCGGGACUCCCAGAGCCAGGGUCAGGGGUCGUCGGGGUCACCCCAGGGUACAGCAGCUGUGACGUCUCAGGACCCGUCCAGCCCGGAGAGCAAAGCGACAACCAAGGUCCGACCCCACUGUAAAACGGUACCCAACGGAAAAAUAACCUCGGCGGCCAGGCAGAGGGCCGCCAACGGCCUGGGCAAGAAGUCCGCCUCCGAGGACAAGGAGCGAGGGCGGGAGAGGGACAAGGAGGAGGACAAGGAGGAGAGGAGCGAGGAGGAGACGUCGGAGGAGAGCCGAGCGGAGGAGCAGUCGUUCUUAGUCGCGCUCUACAAGUACAUGAAAGACAGAGACACACCCAUCGAGAGGAUCCCCUUCCUCGGCUUCAAACAGAUCAACCUUUGGACCAUGUUUCAAGCUGCUCAGAAACUCGGAGGAUAUGAGCUGAUCACAGUGCGCCGACAGUGGAAGCACGUAUAUGAUGAAUUGGGCGGCAACCCCAGCAGCACAAGCGCCGCCACGUGCACACGGAGACACUACGAGAGGCUCCUCCUCCCGUACGAGAGGCACAUUAAAGGUGAGCAGGACAAACCCCUCCCCUUGGCCAAGCCCAGGAAGCAGGAGGCCAGCCAGGAGAAGGCCGCCGCAGCCAAGGCCAAAGGUGUCGGGGCCAAGAAAUUAAAAGCCCUCAACAAUCCCAAGGUGGGGAGCAAAAAGGAGCGAGGGGAGGCGACGAAAGGCCAAGAACAAUCACAGGAGUCCAAGGGGAAAGAAGAGAGCCAUGAGCUGUCUGCAGCUAUAAAACAGGAAGUAUCUCUGCGAGAUGAACCCAUUGUAAUAGAGGAGGAAGAGUUACAUCUUACCCUGAAGAAAGAGGAGUCCUUGGCAUCGGAGCAGACGUCUUCACUCUGUCCCAAAGAGCCAGAAUGCCGAGCCCCACAUGGUCUCCCCCUCCAUGCGGGGCCCGGCCCCCAGCCUGAAUGGAGACAAAUCACUGAGGCUCUCCAAGAAAAACUUACCUGUGACCAGCAAACCGAAGGGCAUUUCAUUCCUAAAAGUCAUUAUCUGCCUCAUCGUUGGGAUCAGAACAAGCCUGCUGGACACGUUGCUCUGCCCGAGCCCUUCUCCAGGGUCAGAGACUCUCUAGAAAGUCACGGCGGGAGAGUGGGGAAGGUGUUGCCCAUGUGCAAGCAGGCCGACAGACAGUGUAUAGACUUCAGCACAGAUUCCUUCCCAGAGAAAGAAGAUUAUGUAGUCAUUAAGAAGGAAUCUGCUCAGGGCCCCGGACAGCCGGCCGCCUACUGCAAAAGCAGCCAGGGGGUCAUGUCUCCGCUGGCUAAAAAGAAGCUCCUGUCUCAAGUGUGCGAGUCCAACCCUUUCUCCUUCACGUCUCUUUCCCUUCAGCCGCCGCCUCCCACGGCGGCGUCUUCUCUACCCAUUAUAUCAGUGGCCGAUCAGGAGAGGGACAAGAGAAAAUGUGAGGAGGAGGUGGCGGGACAGAGGCUCGGGGGCGUGUCCGACAGCAUACCCGAGGUAGCGCCCAUAUUCCGGCCGUCGGUUAUCCAGCAUGCCCAGAGCAGUAAGCCUCACCAGCAAGCCAGCAGUGGCCAAUCAGAGAGGAGCUCCGCCGGGGACCUUCCAGAGACUUACAGCUGCCGCACGAGCCAUCACCUUCAGCCUCAGGUCAGCGCGCCCUGGCAGCCCUAUCUCCCCCGGAGCCAUACCCAGGACAGUGUGGAAAACUCCGGGGAGAAGCUGCUGCAGGGCCCGGCCGCCCAGCCCCGGAGCUACGCAGGCGACUGCUACUCCUCGCCUCACCUCCACAGCCUGUACAGGCAGACCGAGAGCUGCCUGAGCCAGGAGAGGAUGGCCGGCUUCUCCAGCGGCGAGCGGAGGGAGCACUACGCGAGGGAGCGCGAAGGCAGCCAGAGCUUUGUCUGUGGCGGUCUGGAACAGGAGGGCUUGGCCUACAGGUCUCACUACGGCGACAGGACUCAAACGCACGGAGAGAGCCGAGAGGCCGACGACGAGCCCAGAGACUUCACCAUUUCCAAACCGCUCUCCCAGAGGGUGUCGUCCUUCUCGAAGCCCCCCUUCUGCAGUCUCCCGUAUACUAUCAUGCACCAGGGUUUGGAUUCGCACCCAAAAGCGUGCCGAGUUUCUCCUAUGACAAUCUCCCCCCCCAAACAAAGCCCAGCAGAGUCGUCGCAGCCAUUUCCCAGCCCCAAGGGUUCCGGCGACCCGUCCCUGACCAGCCCCAUCCGGCCCACCAAGCGGAGCCUGGCCGAGCCGGACGGCGAGGACGUCCCCGAACGGAAAGUGCGGGUCGUGACGCCAAUCCACCCCGCCGGUACGAUCCGCCGCGGCGACCCCGAGGAGCUGAAGCCGGCCGAGCCGGCCCACGCCGUUCACCUCAACAACCACCUCCCCGAAGGCCACCCCACCACCACCUUCCCCCCGCACCACGCCGCGCCCCUGUACGCCGGCAUAUACUCCCCGGGCGGCCUGGUCUCGGCCGGGGCCCAGGACGGCCUCCAGCAGCACCCGGGCCUGCAGUACCUGAAGAGCCAGUCGGCGGUGUCGCCCCUCGUGCCCCCCUUAGCGUUCCACUCCAUGAUGCUCCACAGGCAGCUGCUGGCCUCCAGCCCCAGCCCACACCACUUCUACAGACACCCGGGCGGGGCGGCGCUGUACGGGGACCUGUUGCACCACCUGUACCCCCUCUCGACCCUGCCGCCACCUCAGCUGUCCUCGGUACAUCCCAGCACCAGACUGUGAGGGAGAGAAGAUCCCUUUUUUGUUUUGUUUUUUUUUCUGCUCUCCCUCCUCCUCAUCAUCAAUAAACUGUCUCAGCUUCUCUUUGUUUUUCUGUCUCUUUCUCGGGGAUUGUGGCUCAGUAGAUAUAAAAACACUGAUUAUAUAACUUCGGCUGAUAGCAAAUGAAUGCAUCAGUCUGUCGGACUGAAAAAAAUUCCAUUUCUUUUUGUAUCUGUGUAUGCCUUUGUUUAUAUACUUUGCACUGUUCUUUAUUUUUUUUUUUGUAUCACCACUUACUGUAUCUUUGUGUUGUUGUAUCCUUAUUUGCACAGUGCUCAUGUGUGUGUGCUCACCAAUCAGUUCCGCCGCUCUCAGUAACCACGAGUCAGGUUGUCGCUCCGGACGUGUGAAAAGUGGAGGGCAACAGAGAAAAGCCAUUUGUUUACUGCGUCUGAGGGCUAAAAACUUUGUUGCUUCAAAACACUACAAGUAACACGACGACGUAAAUGAAAUUCUCGAUAUAGCUAGAGAUGCAUUUCACUAUUGCAAACAAUGUCCAGCAGCUGUUAGGAGCAUUCUAACUCUAUGGGCAAGGCGGUGGUGUUGUGUCUGUUUACAUGUCUCCUCGCUGAACUCUGUUGCCUGUUUUGCGCCACAGCAAAUCCACCCGGACUCCUUGGGAAUAGACGCUCGGCGAGGUGCUGCGUAACGCGAAUCGCUUUCACCACGACGUCACGUUGAGAGGUGCUGUGUACGACAGAUGUACUGUAGACUCACUUUAUCUCAGUUUCAGGUUUCAUUCAUGAGAUAUUUCAGCUCCAAUGCAACACAAGCAGUCGUCUUGUUCUGUUCUGUUGACAAAAAAUGAAUGUUUUUGUUUUUGUUUUUGUUUUUUUUUUGUUAUAGUUAUUAAAAAGCUGUUAUAAUUUUCGCUUUCUAAAUUGAAAGUAAUUUCACCCCCCCCCACCCCCAAACCCCAAACCCCUAUUUUUGUGACGAGUAGACUGUAGCGGCUUGUUUUUCUCUGUAGGAGCGGCAUAAUGAAGCAGCCGUCUGCUGUGGAAUGCUCACCGCAAAAAAAAAAAAAAAAAAAAAAAGAAAAGAGAGAGAAAAAAAAUCAGCAUUUCAUCUUUUUGUUCUUGACUUGAAACGCUCUUUUUUUUCUUUUUUCUUUUUUUUUUUUCUUUGGGUGAACAGACUCUUUUAUUCAACAGGCUGAAGACUCACUGUAUGAUUUGAUAGGAAUGUUGUCACUUAGGAUAUUACUGCUUUGCAAAUAUCUGUGCCUUUCGCAGUCUUGGAUUAGAGUUAGCACUACAGUUGUUAAGGUUUCUCUUCUGUAGCAGGGUAGGAAUGUCAAUAUUACUGUCACUCGGCGCACAGACACUCGUACGGGGGGGAAAAUAAAGCAUAUGGCACACUUCAGUCACCAGACUUAAUGGGUGAGGCACAAGACUUAACAUCUUAGAAAUGUAAACAGUGAAACAAAUGGUUAGCAAUGUGCGCUUAAAGGAAUCCAUUCACCUAGUUUAACUUUACCAGACGGUCGGUUAUACAAGAAGCUCUCAGAGAUUUACUGAUAGUUGAUAUUGACACGGGUUUGGUGUCUCUGGCCUGCAGGGCAUGCGCGCUCUGUGUUUUCCAGCAGCGAUGAAAAGGUACCAGACUCUAUAAAAUAUGCCUACCGUGCUCCAUAGCCUGAGGUGGAAAGACAACACCUGUGCUGGCUUUUUACAACCACUAUAAUUGCAAUCCAGGAUAGUCGAAAUACACAGUGAACAUGUCUGAUGUUUUUUUUUUUCUUUUUAUUUCAAAAGAAGAGGGAAAAAAAAAACUGUAAAGGUUUACUAUACUUAGAUAAAGACAUUCAUUUCUGAUUAAGUACUGUACAUUGCUGUGUGUUAGGUAAAACUGCCGUUAGUGCUGGCUCCUGUACAAAAACAUUCAUACGGGAUCAAUUCAUGGCAAACCCCUCCUCCUCCUCCUCCUCCUCUCACGUCUUAUUUUCAGUGUAAAUAGCACUGUAGAUAGUACUGCGUGGUUGUUAUCAUAUAAACUGUUAUAAUCUGUAAAUAGUAUUAAAAAAAAACAGUAUAAAAGUUGGUUACACAAUCUAGCUGUGUCCUUGUUUGCUCUGUUUCAAGGUCACCGUGAUCAUUUUA